AUGAAGAUGAUUGGUGGUUUCCUUCUGCUCUGCAUGGUAUCCCAUUUCUGUAGCAGCUCUGGAGCUGCUAGUCUUCCUUUAAAAACAGUGGACUGCAACAUUUAUAAAAAGUACCCGGUUGUGGCUAUCCCUUGCCCCAUCACAUACCUGCCUGUUUGUGGCUCUGACUACAUCACCUAUGGGAAUGAAUGCCACUUGUGUACUGAGAGCUUGAGGAGUGAUGGAAAGGUUCAGUUUCUUCAUGAAGGAACAUGUUAA